AUGGAAUUUUAAAUAUUUUAGGACAUUCCUUAAAGAUUGACUGAACUCAAUGAUGGAUUGUUAGAAAAUGUAGUUUCAGCAACUUAUCAUUGGACUUUGUGUCUUUAUGGCCAUUAAAAUCAGGUCUUAAAUAUCCUCAAUAUGUCAUAAGAAUUAGUUCAAUUGUUGAAUUCUGAUUCAGAAAUCAACUCAUCCGAAAUUUAAAAAAGCUUAGAAAAAGAAAUAAUACAUCUGACUAAUAUUUUGCCAAGAGGUGUAAGAGUAAAUGGUAUUAUUUCUGUUUUGCAGGAUGAAAAGUUUACUAGAUCAAACGCAUUCAAUACCCUCAAGAAUUAAAUAAAAUCAGAGUUAGCAUAAUAACAAGAAUAUACAAAAGAAAUAUUUGCAAGCAACAUCGUUUAGUUUUUAUACUCAAAGAAAUAUAGACCUUACAUGAAGGAAUUGGAAAUAGAUUGUUUAGAUUUAGAUGGAGUUAAAUAAAAAGUAAGUGCUUUAAAGCAUUCAUCUACCAACGAUAUCUUGAAGAGUUAUUAUAUGCUUACAACUUAUUUCAAAUAUCCCUCAUAGACUGAGCCUCUUAACCUCAUUAUGUUUGCUAAAGUUAACAACGACUUUGUAAUUCUUCCAAGAGGUUCAUAAUGUAUUGUAUAAUAAGAAGUAGAAGAAGUUAAAGAAGAUCCUAAAGCCUCUGGAAAAUCCAAAAAAUAAAAUAAAUAACCUCAAGCACCAGCAGUAAAAGAAACUAACCAAGAUAAAAUGAAUAAAUUAAUUUCAUAAUUUAAAGCCGAAAAUAAAAAGAAUAUCGAUGAAAUCGGUAAAGGCAUAGCCUUAAUUAAAGUAUAAACUAUCGAAGUUAGCAUUUUCUCCAAAAUUUACUAACCAGAAAAGCAACAAACAAUAACCUUAUCAUCAAAUAUAGAAAAUACCUCAAGUUAUAAUUAUGUUGAUUGUAUUUCUUAUGUUAAAACUGAUGCUACUGACCAUGAAGCUGAAAUUCAAAAUCAUCUUUAGUACUUUUUUGAGUAAAUUCGCUAAACAGAAGGUAAAUCCAUAUUUGUUUAUGGAUUGCUAGAUCUUCCAUUAUGCACAUAAGGAGUUAUUAAUGUUAGUGGUAAUGAGCCUACUAUCGAAUCUAAAAAAUAAUUGCAUUUGAGAAAUUUACUUCCAAGCUCGUUUGCAUCUUUCCGUUUCUGCGAUCGUCUUCAAAAUACUAAAAACAUAGGAUUCUAUAAAAAAGAGAAAAUUAGAAAUGUGCAUAAAUUCAUGCCUCUUAAAGCAGUUGAAGGAGCUAGAAGAUAUUAAGUACAAGGAAAUUAUAUUUAUCACCAUUAUAUGUAAGAUGGAUUUAAUGAUGAUGGCUGGGGCUGCGCUUACAGAUCUCUUUAAAGCGUUUUAAGUUGGUUUAUAGAAAACAAGUAUGUUGAUGAAUUUGCUAUUCCUACUCAUAAAGAGAUUUAGAGUAUUUUAGUAGCUAUGCAGGAUAAGCCAAGUAGUUUUAUUGGAACUAGUGAAUGGAUUGGAGCUUUUGAAGUUUAAUACGUAAUUCAAAAAUUGGUAUAAUGCGAGUGUAAAUUUGUGAAUGUUUCAAGUGGAUCAGAAGUACCUAAUAAAGUUGAUGAGUUCAAAGAGCAUUUCCUUAAUGAAGGUACUCCUAUUAUGUUUGGUGGUGGAGUUAAAGCCUUUUCUUUAAUGGGUAUCGACCAUAAUGAGUAAACAGGAGAACUCAGAUUCCUAAUUAUGGAUCCUCAUUACACCGGUUCUGAUAAUCCAGCAAAGGCUGUUGAAAAGGGUGGUAUAAGCUGGUAAAAGGCAGACUUGUUUUUGGAUAAUCAUUUCUAUAAUUUCUGCAUGCCAAUUAGAAAGAGAGAGUUUUGA